AUGCAACAUUCGCAUGACGAUCCCGAUGCGAACGAGCCCUUGAUUGGACGUUCGAGCUCGUCCUUGUCCCGCGAAGACGCAGACACGAAUAAUCAGCCAGCAUACACGCUUUCAUUCCGCGAUGCAAGUCCCGUCAUUCGCUUCCUAACCUGCUCUGCUGGAAUAUCUGGUCUUCUAUUCGGUUUCGACACCGGGGUCAUAUCCAGUACUCUGGUUUCAAUAGGAUCGGAUUUGUCGAAUCGACCUCUCACUACCCCGGAUAAAGCCCUUGUCACAGCUAUAACAUCAUUACUCGCUCUAAUAUCGGCACCAACGACCGGAUUCUUCGCUGAUCGAUUUGGGAGAAAGUCUGUCAUCCUUGUUCCUGCUAUCCUAUUCACUGUGGGUGCGAUCACCCAAUCUCUAGCCAACUAUGUAUGGACCAUGGCCGCCGGGAGAGCUCUAGUGGGAGCAGCAGUAGGUGUGGCUUCCGGAGCCGUUCCAUUAUACAUCACCGAGCUCGCACCGGCCGAACUGAGAGGGCGACUAGUAACUGUACAGUCCCUCUUCAUUACUGGCGGGCAAGUCGUCGCAUACCUCAUUGGUUGGAUCUUCGCAUCAUGGCCUUCUGGGUGGAGAUGGAUGGUGGGACUUGGAGCCUUCCCUGCGCUUGUACAGCUUGGCCUUAUGUUCUGGAUGCCCGAAACGCCACGUUGGCUGUUGCAGACCGGCCAAGACGAGAAAGCUCGAGCGGUGUUGAACAAGGUCUAUGCGAACGUACCCAAAGCUGAACGUAACGUGUUGGUACAAGGAGUGCUUAGCAGCGUCCAGGAUGAGCUUCGAGAGGAAAACAAGACUGGCUCUAAGGGCAACUUUCACGAUACUGCUCAAGCUCUAAUCGGCAUACCCGGGAAUAGACGGGCGCUCAUCAUCGCUUGCAUGCUACAAGGACUGCAGCAGCUCUGCGGUUUUAAUUCUCUCAUGUACUUCUCAGCCACAAUCUUCGCCCUCGUCGGCUUCACAUCCCCCAUCGGAACCUCCCUCUCCGUCGCCCUGACAAAUUUCGUCUUCACACUCGUAGCAUUUGCCUUCAUCGACACAGUCGGACGCCGCAACAUCCUCCUUCGCUCGAUUCCAUUCAUGGUUUUCGGCCUACUCGCAUGUGCUUCAGCGUUCUUAUUCAUCAACGUAGGAGAUUCACAGAUUGUGGAUGACUCAGGCGCAGGGAUCUGGUCGAUCGUGCUGCUUCUCAGUAUGGUCUUCUACGUUGCGGCUUAUGCUGUAGGAUUGGGAACCGUCCCAUGGCAACAGUCAGAACUAUUUCCGCUGCGUGUACGAUCGGUUGGAAGUGGGCUCGCAACCUCGACGAAUUGGAGCAGCAACUUUGUGGUUGGAAUGUCAUUCCUACCACUGAUGAACUACCUCGGACCAAGUACAACUUUCACGCUGUAUGCUUUGGUGUGUGUAGUUGGCUGGAUCGUGAUAUACAAGAUCUAUCCGGAGACUGCGGGCCUAGAGCUGGAAGGUAUCAGUCAGCUGUUGAAAGAUGGAUGGAGCGUUACCGAGAGCAUUGAGGGCUUUCACGAGAGGAGGAAAAGGGUUGAGCUUGAAGAUCGCCAAAGAGUAUUUUCCACAUGA